AUGUCCAAAGCAGCUCCUGCCAAAAAACCAGCAGUUGCGGCCCCGCCUCCUGCAUGUACCCUGGAUAUCAAUGACCCCACGCAGAGCGCGGCCAUUCGCAUUCAGGCCUCUUACCGGGGCCACAGGUCCCGGAAGGAGCUGCGCGAGAAGGGGCCACCGCGGGUACUGGAGCCGCUUAAGGACGUGGUGCCGAUCGAGGGCAGCGCUGCCAAGCUGACUUGCCGCAUUUCGGCUUUCCCGGACCCGUUCAUCCGCUGGAGUAAGGAUGGCGAGGAGCUGCGCGACGGGCCCAAGUACCGCUGCGUCUUCGAGGACCCCGACGUAGUGGCCCUGGUGGUGCGCAAUGGCGAGCUGGCAGACCUGGGCCAGUACAGCAUCAACGUAACCAACUCCUUUGGCCAGUGCUCCGACUCGGCGCGCAUUCUCGUAGAAGGUCCCUCACUGGGUCGCGUUCCCCUUCCCUUCUUCUAGUCCUAGCCAAGGUUCAAAAAGGGACCCGACAAUACCAAGGCGCGCAAAGGCACCACGAUUAAGCUGACCGCGGAGAUCCUGGGCGAGCCUGCGCCCGACGUGGGCUGGACCAAGGACGGGGAGGACAUGGAGGAGGACGACAGGGUGUUCUUCGAUAUCGGCAGCACCACCACGACGCUGACCAUUCGCCGGGCCACGCCCGAGGACAGUGGCAAGUACGAGGUGUACGUAGAGAACAGCCUGGGCAUGGACCAGAGCUUCGCUCGCGUGGACGUGGCCUGA